AUGGCGACUCCGAGCAACCCUGUUGACCCGCUGCAGCAGCUUUCCGCCGCACUCGCCGCUCCGGCCGACUCUAAGGAGCAAGCAGACCUGCUCGCGACCCUGCGUGACUCCCUUGAAGCACACCCGAGCCCGAUACGCAUCUUGUGUACGACCCUCGUCAAGACCGUGUCCGGCGCGGGCGACUCGUUGCUCAAGCGGUGGGUCCUCGACCUGCUGCACUUUGCCAUAUGCCGCUCGAGUCUGUCGCCUGAGGCACGCACCCAACUGGCCGCGGACGCGCUUGACACUCUGGCGGGGCUUAUUCACGACGCGAACGUGAAUACCGUAAAGGUCACUAUCCAGUGUUUCGCUACCAUAUACCCCCUACUCUUCCGCAAAAUGUGCACUCAGCGGAACAUGCAACAGCAAUGGGACCUGUUGGUACAGACGAAAGCGAAGAUACUCGACUUUGUGUGGUCGCCACACGUGCCCGUUGGUGUCAAGAUCUCUGUGGUCAAGUUCAUGCAGCGAGUGAUCCUAGCCCAGACCAGGGGCCCCAGCGAUCCCAGAUUGCAGAAAAAGGAUGACAUGAACAUCAGCAUGCUCCCUGCAGAUCACCCAUUCAUUUCCGCCGCUUCACUUGAGGCAGAGGGGGCGAAACUGCUGGAGGGCAUCAUCACCAUUUUGUACACAAGCUCGAAUCCGGACAUCUUGUCUGCUAUCUUGAACAGUUGGGCAAGCUUCGUGAAACAGCGGCCCGCGUUCGUUGAGCUUGUUGUCCAAACACUCACGUCAUGGGUUCCAAACGAGAAGCUGCAGGCGUUGUCGGCGACGAGUGUGAAAAGUGCGGAGAAGGCCGUCAAGAUCCUGCUCAACCAUAUCAUGCGCUCGCCACAAGGCCAGCCCUGGGCUCCUCAGAUACAAUCCGCGCUUCAAGCGCAGGCUACGCGCAUGAAGGCUGCGGAAGAACACAAGGCCGAGCGCAAACGUCCGUCGACGUCUGCCACGCCGGAGGCCCCCGACGCGAAACGUCCCAAGCUCGAACAGGACGCCGAUGCCGCGGCGUCCGCGACAUUUUUGUCGAGCUUCGACUUCACGACGCUGCCCGCAUCGCUCGUCACAGACCUCAUCGUCGCGAACUUGCAGGUAUUCCCGGAGCAGACGUUUGUUGACGUGGUACAGGCAUACCGCCAAGGCCGAGGAAGCGCUGCCCCCGUACCCCCGCCUACCGCAGGUCCAUCUUCUAAGCCGGGAAUACCGCAGACGGCCAAUGGCAUGCUAAUACCGACAGGCCCGCGAGCCCUUAGAUCUGCGACGCCGGUGGUUGCACCAGUAACAGAAACGAAAUCGCCUACGCCUGUGCCGCGCGACGUGCGGGGGUCGAGCGAGAUGCGGUCAAUGUCGCGGUCGCCCCCCGGGACACCUCCGCCGGCAGUGAAGGAGGAGGAACCAGUCGACCCACUUAAGAUGGACAUUGACGAGGAGGAGAUCGAGUAUGAACCGGAUAGGCUGAACCAAGAGCUCUCUGGCGGACAGGAAGCGGCCACGCAGGACGGGCUCGUGAUGGAUCCGGAGAUGGAGUUGGUGCUUGACCUCGAAGACUUCAAGCUGCCGCCGCCUAGAGAGCUUCCAGAAGAGGCACGUGCCGCUCUUGUCAAUGGUUCGUUGGUGCGAAUAUGGGAGGGCUCGAAGGACCUGCAGGCUGCGGACCUUGGGCUCGACGAGGCCCCGGGCAUCGCGGCGGCUGAUAUGUGGAUGCUCCUCCUUGUGCGACUUGUCACGCGCGUCGUCGACCCGACUGCGCUCGAGAACGACAAGAGUGAGCGAGAGAAGAGCGAGGAUGACAUGCCUGUCGAGGACGAUGCGCUUGCGUCCGACAUCUAUUCGCAUCAAGAUAGGCUUCGCCAGAUAUUGUGUGAAUAUAUCAUGGAAGAUUUUUCCGGAAGGAUACGACUUGCAACGACAUGGAUGAACGAAGAGUGGUACAACGACCAGAUUCGAAACCAGGCAGAGCCUAGCUGGGCACCGAACUACGAAACCUGGCUGAACCAGAUAGUGGCUGUAUAUCAAACACAUCUGGACAACAAGGAUCGGACGUUCUCGCAUUUCCUUUUGGAUCUGCCGCAUGUACCGUCGGACAUCAUGAGCCUAUUGCGCGAGAUGUGUGUCGAGCCGGAGCGGAGACAAGUCGGUUUUGCUGCCCUUCGAGAGUUCAUUACCCAACGGCCAUCGCUGAGAGCGGAAGCAAUGACUAUGCUGCUGGAACUUACCACACAUCCAGACAAAAUAACCCGAGGAGCUGCGAUAAAUACCGUCAAGCGGUGGAUACCGGACGCCGAACCUAUGGCUGGCAUGAUCCGCGACUUUGCGUUGCAGCUCCUUCGACGGCUGCAGUCAAGACCGAAAGUUGAUAAGGUCGAGGAGCAAGCUGCUACUGGCGAGGACGGUGAGAACAUGGAGGACGGUCAGCUGCCACAGGAGGACGUCAUCCAGACACCGUAUCUUCCAGAGCAGUUGGAGCUUCCUGCCCAAAGCGAUCACAUCCUGCAACACCUUGAGCUACUAUUCGCUCUGUCGACCAAGGUACCCGAGUUCUUGGAUGAGGUGUUUGCUGCCUAUGGUGCGAUGGAGGAGACGGUGCAGGAGACGAUACAGCAGCUCAUUACCCCGCUCAUAAGGGCACUGGGCCCCUCACACGGCAAGCUGCUCACUCUGUUGAGAACCUUCCCACCAGGCGCAGAGUCACUGGCGCUUCGGGUCCUGACCAUCUUCACGGAGGCUACCCGACCUAGCGCACAGCUAGUGGCCCUUGUCAAGAGCCUCAUCGCCGAGCGUGACCUGGACGCGCGGUUCCUCAUACCAAUCAUCGCGGAGAUGGACAAGGUGGACAUCUUACGGCAUCUACCACGCAUCGUGUCGAUCCUCAAUGGGAAGCCAGAGCCCAAGACCCUGGUCAAGUCUGUAUUCAGCUCGGUCGUCACCGCCCCGCCCCAGGGCUUUGGCAGUGUCAGCUCGAACCUGCCGCGCGUGCGGCAGAGCGAGCUUCUCACCCCUGCCGAGCUUAUGGUCCUUCUCCACGAAUCCGAAAAGGAAAUCGGCCUCAAGGCCGCGAUCGAGGCUAUCGGCGUCUGUUUCUCCAUGACCGAUAUCUUCCGUUCGGACAUCCUAGCCGUUGUCAUGAACCAGCUUGUCGACGAGCCUGUACUCCCGACGUUGUUCAUGCGCACGGUCAUCCAAGCCGUCUCGACAUAUCGCUCGCUCGUCCCCUUUGUUUCGAGCACGCUUCUCACGCGGCUCAUCACGAAGAAGAUCUGGACCGUCGCGCCGCUCUGGGAGGGCUUCAUCCGCUGCGCAAAGCUGAUCGCGCCCGCAAGCUUCGGCGCGCUGCUGCAGCUGCCAAAGGAGCAGCUCCGCGAGCUCGUCGACAAGCAGCCGAGCCUCAAGGCCGGCCUGCGCGAGUACGUCACGAAGAAGGCCGGAAACAAAGCCCGCGUCGCCGGCCUGCUCGACAUCUUUGCGGAAGACAGCAGCGAGAGCCAGGGCGCGACGCCGACGCCCGCUAAAAGCGCGGAGGGCAGCCCUGUACCUGAGACGCUGCAAAAUCCUGCAUCGCAACUACAAGAUAUGGAAUCUACGCCGACGCCGGCGAUGUGA